AACUGCAGUUUGUCACUACUCAUGCAUUCAUGUGGCUCCAAAUCUCAGGACGUUAUUGCAGUGGAUAACAAUGCACAAAAACAAGAGGCCGCCAAAUUUUUUCAUAGAACAAAAAAUGAUCAACACACCUUGAAAUCAAGACUCACUAAAAAAAAGAAAAGGCAGCAACAAUAUGGAUUGCAUUACUCUUCAGCAAUCUUCGUUUCCUCACAUAUUGAUCAGCUGGAAAUCCUCACACUCAACUCAUCUCACAACUAUCUCGCCUCAUAGAAGUCGACCGUGUAAGUGUAAGCUUGCAGCGUGCUGCGCCGUAGGAUCAUCAGAGAGCUACUCAUCGAACAAGCAAAAUUUAAACGGCUCCUUGUUUGCUCAAUCAAAUGAAAAUGAUGAAUCUUCCCCUGCACUCUUUGGAACUUUGGAAGCCGAAAUAACUCAAGAAACCAUUGAUUUCUUCGUGAGUGAUGCCGAUGGCGAUCCUGACCGUCCCUCUCCGGGCUACUCUUCCAUCGAGCAAGCCCUCGCUGCAUUGCGCCAACGCAAGUUUGUGCUUGUUGUAGAUGAUAAUGAUGGUGAUGAUGGUGAUGUUGAAGGGAACCUUGUGAUGGCAGCAUCCCACGUGAGCUCUGAGGCGGUCGCGUUCAUGGUUAGGCACGGAUCUGGUAUAAUCUCAGUCGGCAUGAAGGAAGAGGACCUUCAGAGGCUAGACCUCCCAUUGAUGUCGCCUCAAAAUGAAGAUAAUUCGUCCGCUCCUUCCUUCACUGUCACUGUGGAUGCUAGAGUUGGAACAUCUACUGGUGUGUCAGCUUCAGACAGGGAAAAAACAGUGCUUGCUCUCUCCUCUCCUGAGUCGAGGCCGGAAGAUUUCAGAAGGCCGGGACAUGUAUUCCCCCUCAAGUAUAGGAGCGGGGGCGUUCUACGUAGAGUUGGCCACAGUGAAGCUUCUGUGGAUUUGGUCACACUAGCUGGUUUGCAGCCAGUCUCAGUUCUCUCAGCCGUAGUUGAUGUAGACGAUGGUUCCAUGGCCUCCAUUGCCACUUUGAGAAAGUUGGCCUUGGAUAAUAGCAUUCCAAUUGUUUUAAUCACUGAUCUCAUAAGGUAUAGGAGAAAGAGGGAAAAACUGGUUGAAAGGACUGCAGUUUCGCGCUUGCCUACUAAAUGGGGUUCGUCGUUUAUGGUAUACUGUUAUCGUUCAAAACUGGACGAGAUAGAGCAUAUUGCGCUUGUGAAGGGAGACAUAGGGAAUGGGCAGGAUGUUCUUGUGAGGGUUCACUCGGAGUGUUUGACAGGCGACAUUUUUGGAUCAAGGCGAUGCGACUGUGGCAAUCAGUUGGAUUUGGCAAUGCAGUUGAUAGAGCAAGCUGGUAGAGGCGUUCUAGUGUACCUCCGGGGGCACGAGGGACGUGGGAUCGGGCUUGGUCACAAGCUUCAGGCCUACAACUUGCAGGAUGAAGGCCAUGACACGGUUGAAGCUAAUCUCGAGCUUGGUUUUGCAGCUGAUGCACGCGAAUAUGGGAUUGGCGCCCAGAUGCUACGAGACGUUGGAGUUCAUACCAUGCGCCUGAUGACGAACAAUCCGGCCAAAUUUACUGGUCUCAAGGGAUACGGCCUAGCAGUUGUGGGUCGUGUUCCUGUACUGACCCCCAUCACGGAGGACAACAGGCGGUAUUUGGAGACGAAACGUGUGAAGAUGGGUCAUGUUUAUGGAUCUGAUCUACAAGGGCCAUUGUCUGAGUUCAUCAAAUCAACUAGUGAUAACCAAGAGCCAGCAGAGGGAAAGAGCAAAAGCUGAAGACAUUUUUCAUGGAUAGCUAAAUUACCAAGGGGGGAUAUACAGUUUGAAGCCCCUUCACAUUUUUUAAUUCACCCACCUGUAUUCAUUUUUUCUUACAUUGUAUGAAAUGUGAAAACGCUAUUCUAUUGCAAAUUAUUCGAAUUUCAUUACACUUUUCCAA